CUUCUGAAUAUCCUAAAUAACAUUAAUUCUCUUUUUAUAAAUCAAAAACAAUUCCUAACCUAACCCAGAACUUCAUCCCCAAAUUGUAACGUAACCCAGAAAAAUUUCAUCUUCGUUUUCGUGACCUCUCUUCGUCGAUGAGCAGUCUUCCAUUGUCGCUCUAAUCAGUUCUCGUCCAUUCGCCCAAGCAUCGGAGAAGAUGAGCAGCAUUCCACCAUCAUCAUCAAAGACGACGCGCAACAUUCCACCAUCAUCAACUUGCAAAGAGGAUGUUCGUUUCUGUAUGAGACCAUCUAAAAGCAACUACGUUAAGAUAAGGCUUCAUCAUAGGGGACAGUUAGUAGAGAGUCCAUGUAAAUGGUAUGUUAAUGGUUUGGUGUCUGAACUGGAUUGGGAAUGGGAUACGGACUACAUGUCGUACAUGGAUUUAGAAGCUUCGAUUAAGGAUGAGGGAUAUAUAAAUAUCAAAUGUAGGAGAUGGGAUUUAACUGGAAGAGUAAUUUCAACAACAUCUACUCCCAUAUAA